AGUAGUCGUGUAUGAAUAACCUUACCGGCUGGCAACAUACAAUAACACUACUGAUUUGUCGCAGUUGACUGUAAAUUCAAUUAUUUUCAACACGAUUGCAAUUGACGAAAUGGGUAAGGAGAGUGAAUCGGAUGGUACGAAGAAGAGAAGAAAGUCUGUGAACACAAGCGGUGGAACAUCGGUGAAAGAUGGAGACAUGUACAAGACUAUAAUCAGUUAUGAAGAGAAGGAAGCUCUAGAAAGAUUGCCUGAGGAUGAUUCUGAAUGUUUUUUGGAGACAUGUGACAAUAUUAGAACAGCGAUGACAAAGAUAGCUAAAUUGAAGUCCAGUGGAGAUCCAAAUGUUAAAGAUGAGAUUCGUGAGCUGCAGAUACAGACAUCCCUAGCUUUUAUAGAAUUGAAAAAACUAAAUCGCAUGGAAAAGUUUCGUACAAAGUUUGCGCGUGAUUCUCUUGUAGCUGCAAAGAGCGGUGUGGAUAGCAGACAUUUACAUUUACAAAACUUGCUCUAUGAAGUGAUGCAUUUGAAGAAAGAAGUUAUUAAGUGUCUUCAGUUUAAAUCCAAGGAUGAAUUGAUAGAACUUGUUUCAGAAAUAGAAUUUUAUAAAGAGGCUCCAGAAAGCAUUUCAAGACCUGAAACAACACAGAACAAUCCUCAUCAACUGAGACUGGCUCGUUUGGAAUGGGAAUUGACACAAAGAAAGCAAUUGGCAGCAUUGUGCGAUGAAUUAACAGACAGUAAAAAGGGAGUGGCAUCCAGUAUCGAAACGAAACAGACUCGCUUGGAUAAUCUCAUGCCACAACUACGUUCUAUAUUGGAGGCGAGCAAACCGCUACAAGAGAGUCUCGGAUUGCCAUUAGAUAAAAUUCGCCAGGAACACCAAAGAGCAUCGUUGCUUGCAUCACCGCUCUAUGUAUUAUAUGCGAAGGCAUCUGCUUACAGAGACGCUUAUGACAACACUUUGCUGGUCAAAGUGGAAGGUGACGAGGAUGAAGCAAAACGCACAAACAAUCAGGAUGGUAUGCAAGAGUCUGAUUCAGAUCCUGAGACUCAGCAGGAGAAUCUUGUGGAGGAAACACUUGUGCACAAGAAGAGACAUCACAGAUUAUCCCGAGAAGCCAGGCAGGAGGAGAAGCGGUUGAAACUGCUACAACGACAUCCGUUGCACGUGACGAUUGUAAUUACAUUAAAAAAUGAGACGAGGUUAACUCUUCAUUUUUAUUAUACGAUCCAUUUAAAAGUUGUUACGGUGGAAUCAAAACUUGAAACGGAAGACUUGGGAGGCAUCAGUGCUGGAGAUAUGCUAGUGUCCGAGUCGGUUCUUCGCGAAUUGUACCCGCGAGAUCUAGGAUUGGAGAGUCCAAAUCCAGCAAAUCAGUAUCAACUGUCACGGCAUAAUUUGAGCUCUUUUUCAUCUCUGGGAUUAGGCAUUCCCUACAGAUGGGCACAGAGAAUGGCUGGUUUGCAUUUCGUUUCAUCUGACGUGAGCGAACAAAAGCUCACUAGUCAAGAAUUGGCACAAGAUUGUGUGGAGAGCGUGUUAAAAGAAAUUAAGCGGCGCAUCAAAGCAAGAUUGGAUCUGUGUACGGAAAUACGACAGUUGGAGUCCGGCAACUUGCCGAUCCUCAUUAGCACGACAGACCCGGUGCCGCAAAAGAUCUCUACGUCGUUGCAUCGAUUUACAACCAUGACGUGGAAAACGUAUUCGAAUUACGUUAGUUCGCCGGCAUUUUGCCAGCGGGGAUUAGUGUCGUCUGUAGACAUCUUCUACGAGGCUGUACUUCGUCGCGGCAGUAGCGAACUCGUGGCAAGGAUUGCCAUCAAGCCGGAUUACCCGAAGAUAACGCCAGUAUUUAGCGUGAACAUCAGUCCGAUGGUUCCGGCGUCUGCUGAUAUCAUUCGAGACAUCGAGAGAGAGAUCAACGUGAUGUGGACGAAAUCGCCGACGUUGACGGCGCAGAUACAACGGCUGCGAGCGUGCUUCGAUAUUUAUCUGGAGACUGAGAGCAUGGCGCCGAAGGAAAAAAUAUUUUUUCAUCCUGUGAGAGGACGGACUCGCGCUCGACCAUACAAAUACUUAUCGCUAGGAGGAGGCAUAUUCACUCACCGUUGAAUAAAUUAUUCGACCUUCCAACGCGUCAGAUAUUCUUCUGCAUCGUCAGAGGCCUGUUGUCGAUCUUCUCCACGGACACCGGCCGCUCCUUCGUCGUCGGUAUGAAGCUCUGAGUGCGUCUAAUCCUCUCGCCUCCUCUCAGAGGACGCGUUACGAUUUGCGUUUCCAGCAGAAGUUGAGCCUCCUCGGCGCGCUUCACCUUUUCGCGCGCAGCGCGCAGCUCGGCGU